AUGGAUAACUGUCCCGCUGCGUCGACGUUCCUGACCGACAGCUUGGAGCUGGAGCUGGAGACAGAAUGGUGCAAACCCCCUUGCUUUUCUUGUGAUUUUGACAACAGAGGAGGAGGAAAACAUUUUUCUGGAGAGUCCUACCUUUCCAGCGGAGCUCUUAAGCGACUGAUUUUGAAUCUUGAUCCUUUACCAACUAAUUUUGAAGAGGAUACAGUGGAAAUAUUUGGCAUUCAAUGGGUUACUGAAACAGCAUUAGUGAAUUCAUCUAGAGUUCUCUUUCAUCUCUUGAGGCAACAGCUCUACAACUUGGAAACCUUAUUACAGGCCAACUGUGAUUUUGGGAAGAUAUCAACCCUACAUUGCAAAGCAGCCAAUAUUAGGCAGCAGUGCAUAACAUUUCUUCAUUAUGUUAAAGUCUUCAUUUUCAGGUCCCUGCAAGUACAAAAUGCUGAAAGUCAUGUUCCUGUCCAUCCCUACCAGACUUUGGAGGCACAGCUUCCCUCAGUGUUGAUUGAUGAGCUUCAUGGAUUACUCUUGUAUAUAGGACACCUAUCAGAACUUCCCAUUAUUAAUACAGGAGCAUUUGUAAAUCAAAACCAGACUAAGCUUUUCCCACCAUCAUGGCAUUUGUUACAUCUCCACUUAGAUAUCCAUUGGCUAGUGCUGGAAAUUCUUCACAUGCUUGGUGAAAAAUUGAAACAAGUUAUAUAUAGUCAUCAGUUUAUGAAUCUGGCAGGUGACAAUUUAACCAAUGUCAGCCUAUUUGAAGAACAUUGUGAAAAUCUUCUUUGUGAUUUAAUAAGCCUGUCCCUCAACAGGUAUGAUAAGGUAAUGCCUUCUGAAGCAUUAAUGAGUCACCAUUGCCCCUGUCCAUGCAUUAAAGAAUUAUGGGUUCUACUCAUUCAUCUCCUCAACCACAGGAGUAAAUGGUCUCUCUCAGAAUCAUUUUGGAACUGGUUGAAUAAACUACUUAAAACGCUCUUUGAAAAAUCAAAUGACCGAAGAAGACCUUCUGUGCCUGUAAUCCAGCCCAGGGAUCCAUUGGGUUUUAGUUGGUGGAUGAUUGCUCAUGUAGCAUCAUUUUAUCAGUUUGAUCGCCAUGGAAUACCGGAUGAAAUGAGACAAAUGGAAUCAAACUGGAACUUUGUAGAAGAACUGCUGAAAAAGUCCAUCAAUGUUCAGGAUGGUAUACUAGAAGAGCAGUUACGAAUGUAUCUUCACUGUUGUUUGACCCUUUGUGAUUUCUGGGAGCCAAACAUUGCAGUUGUCACCAUUCUGUGGGAAUAUUACAGUAAGAACCUGAAUAGUUCUUUCAGUAUUUCUAGGCUUCCUUUGAAAGGCCUUACAUAUGUCAUUAAGUCACCCUUGUCUAUGCUAGAAAUGGUGAAGACCUGCUGUUGUGAUAAACAAGAUCAUGACCUGUAUAAAUCCAGCAGUAGUUACACUUUUUUCCUUUGCAUUUUGGCAAAAGUUGUUAAGAAAGCAAUGAAGAACAAUGGCCCUCAUCCUUGGAAACAAGUCAAAGGAAGGAUAUAUUCUAAAUUCCAUCAAAAAAGAAUGGAAGAACUAACUGAAGUUGGUCUGCAAAACUUUUUCAGCCUUUUUCUACUGUUAGCAUGUGUGGCAGAGGUGGAAGAUGUAGCAAGUCAUGUUUUAGGCCUCCUAAAUUUCCUCAAGCCUGCCUUUAUAACAUCUCCUCUCAUUUGGAAGGGUCAGAUGGCCUUCCUCUUGAUGUACACCCAGAAAAACCUGGACAUCAGUGUUUUGGCUGAGAUAUUUUCAGGUGCUUUCCGGGAGAAAGCAAAGGAGUUCUUGGUAUCUAAGAAUGAUGAAAUGGGACAAAGACAGACUCUCUGGUCACUUCUUUCCAUAUAUAUUGAUGGUGUUCAAGAAGUGUUUGAGACUAGCCAUUGCUUGCAUCCUUCCCAUGAAAAACUGCUUAAUGAUGGCUUUAGUAUGCUUCUACGAGCUUGUCAAGAAUCUGAACUUAGGACAGUGUUGAGCUUUCUACAAGCUGUUCUGGCCAGAAUCAGGAGUAUGCAUCAACAAUUGUGUCAGGAACUUCAGAAGGAGAAUGUGGACCUCAUUGUGCAGUCUUCAUUAUCGGCUAAAGAGCGCCACCUUGCUGCAGUUGCCAGUGCACUAUGGAGGCAUUUCUUUUCAUUUUUGAAGAGUCAGAGAAUGUCACAGAUAGUGCCUCCCUCACAACUCGCGGAUGCAGCUGCAGAUUUUACUUUGCUGGCAAUGGACUUGCCCAGCACAGCUCCAUCAGAUCUUCAGCCUCAGCCAGUUACAUCAAUGAUACAACUUUUUGGUUGGGAUGAUAUCGUCUGGCCCCAAGUUGUAGCCAGAUAUUUAAGUCAUUUCCUACAAAAUAGCAUGUUAUGUGAAGCGCUUUCUCAUUCAGGCUGUGUAUCUUUUCAAGCCCUAACUAUAAGAUCAUGGAUCCGUUGCAUUUUGCAAAUGUAUAUAAAAAACCUUUAUGUGCCAGAUGACUCGUUCAUUGAUUUAAAUACUGAACAGGCAGUUGAAAAAGACUACAUGGAACAGUUGGCUGAACUGACAAGGUUGCUAUUUAAACUCUCAGAAGUAAAGAAUAUUCUCUCAAAGGCUCAAGUUGAAUAUUUACCUAUGCAAGAAGGCCCUAAAAAAGCACUUGUUCUGUUCCUCGAGGCUGUUGGUAUAACUUACGGGAAUCUGCCGACACUUUCUGAUAAAUCUGCCAUGGUCACAAAGUCCUUAGAAUACCUUGGUGAAAUAUUAAAAUAUAUAAAACCUUAUCUGGGAAAAAAAAUUUCCAGUGCAGGUCUGCAGCUGACUUAUACAAUAAUGGGAACUCUUGUGAAAUCAUGGGCACAGAUCUUUGCCACCUCUAAAGCCCAAAAAUUACUAUUCAGGAUCAUAGACUGUUUACUGCUGCCACAUACAGUAUUACAGCAAGAGAAGGAGCUGCCUGCACCUAUGUUGACUGCAAUUCAGAAGAGUCUUCCUUUGUAUCUCCAGGGCAUGUGUAUCGUGUGUUGUCAGUCUCAAAAUCCAAAUGCCUAUUUGACUCAGUUACUAGGGAAUGUUAUUGAGCAGUAUAUCGGGCGGUUUCUUCCAGCUUCACCACAUGUUUUAGGUCUUGGACAACAUCCUGUUUUGUUGGCAUUGAGAAGCUCAACCACUGUUCCACCGAUGUCAUCUCUAAAGAAAUGCAUUGUACAAGUCAUAAGGAAAUCCUACUUUGAGUUUAAAGGAUCCUUGCUCCCUCCUCGCUUAGCAUCCAUUCUGGCCUUCAUCCUCCAACUUGUUAAGGAAACUAACAUUGAUGUUUCCGAGGUUGAACUGCUCCUCCCAGGAGUAUUAAAAUGCUUGGUGUUGGUCAGUGAACCUCAAGUUAAAAGGCUGGCCACCGAGAACCUGCAAUACAUGGUCAAAGCCUGCCAAGCGGGGUCAGGAGGAGAACCUGCCGCCCAGCUGACUUCUGUGUUUAGGAAAUUUAUCGAGGAUUAUGGUAUGAGAUAUGAUUAUCAGAUUUACAGCAUUUUAGAAACAGUAGCAGCAUUGGACCAACAGGUUGUUAUCCACUUGAUUUCAACCCUUACUCAAUCUCUGAAGAGUUCAGAGCAGAAAUGGGGCCUUGGCAGAAAUAUUGCACAAAGGGAAGCCUAUAGCAAACUUUUAUCUCACCUAGGACAAGUGGGACAAGAUGAGAUACAGAGACUACAAGAUGAUAAUAUUAAAUCUAUUUUGUGAUUCAUCCUCAAUAUUAAUUAUAACUAUCUAAAGUCACUUUGCACCAUUCUGACUCCUACUUUUAAUUAACUGUAUAAUGUUCUGUUAAAAAUACUUUCUAGGAUUUUUUUCCUUUCAUACCUGUAAGUAUAAAGUAUAUAAAUAAGGAAAUAAAAGUUAAUUAAAUAUGUUAUAGGAGCUUUCGAACUUGGUAAAACUGCAUUCUAUUUUGAAGAGGUUUUAGUGAAACUAAAGAAACUUUUCCUAACUGGGAGUGUUAUGUGUGUAUGUCUAAGCAGGUUUGUACUGGUUGAUCCAUGGCCAUUUUACUGUAAUGUGACUUUCUGCCUUGUGAGUAAUUUAUUUCUGUUUUGUUUUUGUUUUCUUAUGAGUUAUAUUUUAUUAUGAUACUAUUUCAAAUUACCUGGCUGCCCUAUGCUGGGUUUUUUUUGGAGGGGUGGUCAGGAGAUAGAACAGUAUAUUUGUUAUCCUUUUUUAUACUAUGCGUGAGGCAAGUUAAUAAAAUCCUUACAAAGCACACUUAACUCUAUGAGGAAUGAGACUGAAUCUGGCUAAAUGAUUAUACAGAUAAUAUGUAUUUUUUUUUAACUUGGGCCAACAGUGUUUAUAUCAAUACUUGGGUUCCAACGGUUGCCAGAUGUUUUCCUCUACUCAUCCUUUCGUUUGGAGUUGUCAUUAAAAGACAGAUCAGGAGGAGGAUAAACAAAAGCCUUUAAGAAAAGAGAAUAAAUAAUAUUCUGGAAAUUUUUAAGUUUAUAAAAUUAACAGAAGAGGUCUGAGAAGUCAGCUGAUUUAUCUCCUUGCUCUUCAAUUAGAGCCUUUUAUAAGCUAGCAUCUUACAUGUUUGAAGGGAGCCAGUUUAGUUUCCUGUAGCAGCUCAUCUCUCAACCCUUUAACUAUUUCAUUCAGAUUCAUUCCACCAGUUGGGCUUUUGUCCUUGACUCCUUUUUCUAAUGAGCAUUAUUUGGUAAAAAGAGCUCCAAUCUUAGUGUUGGGAACCCACCUGGGUCUCAAACCCAGCUCUGCUUUGUGACCUUGAGCAAGUUCUUAACCUUUCUGAGCCUCAGUUUCUUCAUGGAGAAAAAUGAAUAAUAACCCUUUUUUAAAUUUCACAAUGUUCUGGUAGGAAUCAGUGGGAUAAUUGAUUUAUAAUUAUAAUCAUAUAAUUUAAAUGUAUGUGAAAGUAUUUGUUGACCUAUGUUCUGUUUGGUGGUGUACAGACAUGAUCACUCUAUCUCAUGCACAAAGGUGAAGAACACUUCCUAAUUUUGUUCCUCUUUCUCUAAUGGUACGUCCUAGAUGAAGAUCGCACUUCUUUUCAAUGUUUUCUUACAUGUCAUGUUUGCUAAGUUUGAAAUAAUUUAUUGUUUUUUUUCUUGAGUAUCUAGUGUUUAUCAUGGUUCUACUAUUCCUUCAGGAAAACAUUUCAACCCUUUCUGACUCAAGAAGUAUCUUUUAAAAUGAAAUGCAUUGCAGUCGGGAAACUGUAGAUAAUAGCCCUUUCCUAAUUGUAAUCUGUGAAGUCUAAAGGACUUCAUGACAUAUAAAUGGUUUAUUUUCCCCCCAAAUAAACUGUUUUUAAUUCAACAAAUGGGAUGAAUGAAAGCCUCUUUAAGGUUACUAAGACUUCAUAGCAAUGAGUUUCUUGUCAUUACGAUAGUGACUUAUUAAAUAAAUGAUGCAUUAUUUUGCAAGUUGUAGCAAUUGAAAUUUAAACUAUUUAAUGGGAUGCCUUUAAAGAGUUUAUGUGUGUGUGUGUGUGUGUAUAUAUAUGUGUGUAUAUAUAUAUUUUUUCACCCCCAAGGGAAAUUGAUAAAGAUAUCUUGGAGAAUCUUGCUCCUUAGCUUAUGAAACUUUUUAAGGGUUAAGAAAAUCUGCUGCUGAAUCAUGCAUUAGGGUGUAUAGCUGUAGAUACUAAGAAUAACUAAAGUUUAUACAUAAAAAAAUCAGUAACAAGAAAAAGUCUGUAACAAUA